UUUCGAGAAAAGAAAAGCUUUUCUGCCGUAGCCUUGAAGUUUGAUAAAAUCCGAAGUUCGAAUUGAAGAAAAGAAGAAGAAGGCAGAAAUGGCUCGCUCUUUCUUGAACGCUAAGCUUUUCUCUACUUUCGUUAUUGAUGGAAUCUCUAACGCUAUCUCCAGACGAGGAUAUGCGGCGGCAUCACAAGGGACUGUGUCGAGUGGCAUAAGAGGAGGAACAGGGAGGAGCGCCGCGGCGGCGGUGAAGGAAGAGAUGGCAGGAGGAACUAAAGAGAAGGUUUCAUGGGUACCCGACCCGGUUACCGGAUGCUACAGACCCGAGAACUCUGCCAAGGAGAUCGAUGUGGCCGAGCUCAGAGCCAUGCUCUUGAAGAAGAAUUGAAUAAAAAGGAGGAGAAUA